AAAUUACCAGGUGACCUUUGUGCACAGGUUUAGAUAGCCAGUUUGGUCAAUAGAUCUUGCCACUUGACUGCUAUUUAUUGACUCGAAAGUGACGGCCAUUAUGAAUGAGCGAGAACAGAAAGAAGACACGAUGUUCGAGGGCUGCGAGCCUUCGAGGUUGAGAAAGGCACUCCUCAAAUUAACGUUCGCUUGGGCAACGUUUAUCAGCAGACUCCAUUCGAUAUCGGAGGCCUGCUUGGAAUCCGAUGAGAUUACUGAACAGCUGUUUGAUGACGACUCAGACAGCAGUUCCAGCCGCGUCCAAGAAUACGAACCGAUUAAACCUUCUCAACUCCAACGAGAUGUACUGGAAAAUAAGCUCGCUAACGAUGAUAAGGAAACGUGCUCCACGAGUUCCCCUUUCACGACGACACGCUUAACGUCGCCCCAGAGCAGCGCUGUCAGCGGAGGUGAUGAAUCUAACGCUACCCCAGAUAAGGAGGGCACCCUCACACCGUUUUGUGGGGGAGAGGAAUUAUGGAAGAUACAGAACCAACAAUGGUUGAAGGCAAUCGCGGAAUACACCACUCUAGAAGGAAAACUGAAGCUACAGAAGAGACUGCGUUCACAGGCCCUCAAGCAUUACGUGUCGUCGAAAGAUUAUCAUAUAAUAUAUCGCAAUUUGGUCAUUGACGGAAGGAGUCUUAAGCAGCCCAUGAAUUUGAAAGACUUAUUGCGCGUUGUUGAGGCCGGCUGGGAAUGGAGUCGGAUACAGGAAGGUUGUCACUUUCCCCAGAGAUAGUGUACCACUCAGCCGAAAAGGCCUUUAUUCACAGGCGCGGGUCUUGUGUUGGUAGAUUCGACUAAUUUAAUACUGUUUUCAAGGACACGAAUAUUUCUAUCGAGAAGCUCAAUUUUGCCUUGUGCGGUGUUUGCCCCGCUAUCGUGUAGUCUUUUAGUUGUUUUUUCCAGCUUUUUAUGCAAUUCCAUGGCCUUAGUACCCAACUGUUGGUACGUGUUCACUAACUCAUCCUUCUGUCGUGCAAUCGACUCCUGGUUAGAGUAUAUCGUUUCGACUUUGGAUUGUAGUCCAGUUUCAGCUGAAUCAGGAGCAACCAGCUUAGCCAGCGUCUUGGAGAGGUACUUUGAGUAUUUCUGCGAAAGAUGGCUAUUUUUCGCUCGGAUCUGUUUCGAGUGGUUCAGCUGCUGUACAAAAUUUGGG